AUGAAGUAUCCGUCUGUGUCAGUGAGUAACUCCCUGUUGGACAUGGAUGUAGCCAACUACAGUGAGGGACUGGACCCAACAUACAGCACCCUGGGCUUCGAUCAUGCUGACGUCCUCUACGGUGGGGGAGGUGAGUGGACGCACACGCACACACAAACACACACUCAAACACACACACGCACACGCACACACACACACACACACGCACACACACACACACACACACACACACACAAACACAUAGUUUACAUACGUAGACAUGUAGUUUGUCAUUCUACUUAUACACUCACACUCAUUAAUGCACUUAAAAAACAGUUGAAUAAUGCAUUUAUCCAUUAAUUAAUAAUCCAUUAAUGAUAAGAGGUUUGUUAGGAUAUGAAUCUGCAGUGUGUCAUAAAGGCUUUAUUGUGGGCCUACAGAAAGAGGAGAAGUUGUUAUCUCAACACGUUGAUGGAUAAAAGGAGAAUUGAAGGAAAGUUGGUCAAACAUUGACUUUCUUCUCUCUGGCAUUGUCAAGAUGUACUCUUCCACCUUGGACGUGGUUGGUGUAUGCAGGAAUAUUUCUGGUGUGUUUUUGUUGGUAUAUUUCUAAGUCUUGAUCUCAUGGUUUUGGUCUUGAGAUCACAUGGGGUCUGGGUCCCAAUACACUGGUUCUUGUUCUAUGUCAGUGUCUGUGGAGGUUGGGACUUGGUCUGGUUCUGAGUUUUGAAGGAUUUUUCUCAAAUCAAAUCAAAUUGUAUUGGCCACAUGCGCCGAAUACAACAGGUGUAGACAUUACAGUGAAAUGCUUACUUACAGCCCUUAACCAACAGUGCAUUUAUUUAUUUUUAUAAAAAAGUAAAAUAAAACAACAACAAAAAAGUGUUGAGAAAAAAAGAGCAGAAGUAAAAUAAAAUAACAGUAGGGAGGCUAUAUAUACAGGGGGGUACCGGUGCAGAGUCAAUGUGCGGGGGCACUGGCUAGUUGAGGUAGUUGAAGUAAUAUGUACAUGUGGGUAGAGUUAAAGUGACUAUGCAUAAAUAAUUAACAGAGUAGCAGCAGCGUAAAAAGAUGGGGUGGGGGGCAGUGCAAAUAGUCCGGGUAGCCAUGAUUAGCUGUUCAGGAGUCUUAUGGCUUGGGGAUAGAAGCUGUUGAGAAGUCUUUUGGGCCUAGACUUGGCACUCCGGUACCGCUUGCCGUGCGGUAGCAGAGAGAACAGUCUAUGACUAGGGUGGCUGGAGUCUUUGACAAUUUUGAGGGCCUUCCUCUGACACCACCUGGUAUAGAGGUCCUGGAUGGCAGGGUGUACUGGGCCGUACACACUACCCUCUGUAGUGCCUUGCGGUCGGAGGCCGAGCAGUUGCCAUACCAGGUGGUGAUGCAACCAGUCAGGAUGCUCUCGAUGGUGCAGUUGUAGAAUUUUUUGAGGAUCUGAGGACCCAUGUCAAAUCUUUUCAGUCUCCUGAGGGGGAAUAGGCUUUGUCGUGCCCUCUUCACGACUGUCUUGGUGUGUUUGGACCAUGAUAGUUCAUUGGUGAUGUGGACACCAAGGAACUUGAAGCUCUCAACCUGUUCCACUACAGCCCCGUCGAUGAGAAUGGGGGCGUGCUCAAUCCUCUUUUUUUUCCUGUAGUCCACAAUCAUCUCCUUUGUCUUGGUCAUGUUGAGGGAGAGGUUGUUAUCCUGGCACCACACGGCCAGGUCUCUGACCUCCUCCCUAUAGGCUGUUACAUCGUUGUCGGUGAUCAGGCCUACCACUGUUGUGUCGUCUGCAAACUUAAUGAUGGUGUUGGAGUCGUGCCUGGCCAUGCAGUCAUGGGUGAACAGGGAGUACAGGAGGGGACUGAGCACGCACCCCUGAGGGGCCCCCGUGUUGAGGAUCAGUGUGGUAGAUGUGUUGUUACCUACCUUUACUACCUGGGGGCGGCCCGUCAGGAAGUCCAGGAUCCAGAUGCAGAGGGAGGUGUUUAGUCCCAGGAUCCUUAGCUUAGUGAUGAGCUUUGAGGGCACUAUGGUGUUGAAUGCUGAGCUGUAGUCAAUGAAUAGCAUUCUCACGUAGGUGUUCCUCUUGUCCAGGUGGGAAAGGGCAGUGUGGAGUGCAAUAGAGAUUGCAUCAUCUGUGGAUCUGUUGGGGCUGUAUGCAAAUUGGAGUGGGUCUAGGGUUUCUGGGAUAAUGGUGUUGAUGUGAGCCAUGACCAGCCUUUCAAAGCACUUCAUGGCUACUGACGUCAGUGCUAUGGGUCGGUAGUCAUUUAGGCAGGUUACCUUAGUGUCCUUGGGCACGGGGACUAUGGUGGUCUGCUUGAAACAUGUUGGUAUUACAGACUCAGUCAGGGACAUGUUGAAAAUGUCAGUGAAGACACUUGCCAGUUGGUCAGCACAUGCUCGGAGUACAUGUCCUGGUAAUCCAUCUGGCCCUGUGGCCUUGUGAAUGUUGACCUGCCUAAAAGUCUUACUCACAUCGGCUACAGAGAGCGUGAUCACAUAGUCAUCCGUAACAGCUGGUGCUCUCAUGCAUGCUUCAGUGUUGCUUGCCUCAAAGCGAGCAUAGAAGUGGUUUAGCUCGUCUGGAAGUCUUGUGUCACUGGGCAGCUCGCGGCUGUGCUUCCCUUUGUAGUCUGUAAUAGUUUUCAAGCCCUGCCACAUCCGACGAGCGUCAGAGCCGGUGUAGUACGAUUCAAUCUUAGUCCUGUAUUGACUCUUUGCCUGUUUGAUGGUUCGUCGGAGGGCAUAGCGGGAUUUCUUAUAAGCGUCCAGGUUAGAGUCCCGCUCCUUGAAAGCGGCAGCUCUACCCUUUAGCUCAGUGCGGAUGUUGCCUGUAAUCCAUGGCUUCUGGUUGGGGUAUGUACGUACGGUCACUGUGGGGACGACAUCAUCGAUGCACUUAUUGAUGAAGCCAGUGAUUGAUGUGGUGUACUCCUCAAUGCUAUCUGAAGAAUCCCGGAACAUGUUCAAGUCUGUGCUAGCAAAACAGUCCUGUAGCUUAGCAUCUGCGUCAUCUGACCACUUCCUUAUUAACCGAGUCACUGGUGCUUCCUGCUUUAGUUUUUGCUUAUAAAUCAGGAGGAUAGAGUUAUGGUCAGAUUUGCCAAAUGGAGGGCGAGGGAGAGCUUUGUAUGCGUCUCUGUGUGUGGAGUAAAGGUGGUCUAGAGUUUUUUUUCCUCUGGUUGCACAUUUAACAUGCUGGUAGAAAUUAGGUAGAACGGAUUUAAGUUUCCCUGCAUUAAGUCCCCGGCCACUAGGAGCGCUGCCUCUGGAUGAGCGUUUUCCUGUUCACUUAUGGCCUUAUACAGCUCAUUAAGUGCAAUCUUAAUGCCAGCAUUGGUUUGUGGUGGUAAAUAGACAACUAUGAAAAAUAUAGAUGAAAACUCUCUUGGUAAGUAGUGUGGUCUACAGCUUAUCAUAAGAUACUCUACCUCAGGCGAGCAAAACCUUGAGACUUCCUUAGUAUUUGAUUUUGUGCACCAGCUGUUGUUUACAAAUAUACACAGACCACCACCCUUUGUCUUACCGGAGUCAGCCGUUCUAUCCUGCCGAUAUAGCAAAUAGCCCGCUAGCUGUAUGUUGUCCAUGUCGUCGUUCAGCCACGACUCUGUAAAACAUAAGAUAUUACAGUUUUUAAUGUCCCGUUGGUAGGAUAACCGUAAUCUUAGGUCAUCCAAUUUAUUCUCAAAUGAUUGAACAUUGGCUAAUUGGAUUGAUGGAAGAGGCAGUUUACUCACUCGCCGUCGGAUCCUUACAAGGCACCCCGACCUACGUCCACGAUAUCUCUGUCUCUUUCUCAUGCGAAUGACGGGGAUUUGGGCCUUGUCGGGUGUCUGUAGGAUAUCCUUCGCGUCCGACUUGUUGAAGAAAAAAUAUUCGUCCAAUACGAAGUGAGUAAUCGCUGUCCAGAAGCUCUUUUUGGUUAUAAGAGACGAUGGCAGAAACAUUAUGUACAGAAUAAAUUACAAAUAAUGCGAAAAAACACACAUAAUAGUACAAUUGGUUAGAGGGCUGCAGAGCCAUGUAGAUAUAGAAAACUAGAUCCCUAACCUUGCAUGGUUUUGGAGUGUGGUUUAAUAUUAUUGGUGUCCUUCACAUGUAUCCCAGAUAAAAGCACGAAAGGCUUUGCUAAUCAAUCAUCUGUCAACAUACAGAUAGCAGUCAGCUAGUACAUAUCUGAAUCCCCACUGAGUCGCUGUCCUUCUCUUCCUUUGUCAAUAUGCUUUGAUUUCACAUGCACAAAGGAAUGAAUGAUUCUCCAUUUCAACGGAGGAGGUUUUCUGAUGCCAGGAGGAUGCGUGUGUGCGUGUGCGUGUGUGUAUGUAGGUGUGUGAUGAGUAACCUUUCCUGAGACCAUAAAACUUGCAUUAGCUCCUUGCACUAAUACCUAUAGACUUCAGCUCAGCGGUCUAACCCAGUCUUUGUGUAAUGUGUGUGUUCCAGACAGUAUGCCAGCGGAGCCGGGCCAGUCCCAGGCAGAUGUUGUGAACUCUAACUGUGCUAUCUGUGGAGACAAGGCUACAGGGAAACACUAUGGAGCCUCCAGCUGUGACGGAUGUAAAGGCUUCUUCAGACGCUCCAUACGCAAGAACCAUGUCUACUCCUGCAGGUAGGGGAGUGUGUGUUUGUGUUUCCAGCCUAUAGCUGCAGCUACCAGAGCCUAUGUCUAACAUUACACUCCUGCAGGUACAGUACACUCUUAGAAAAAAAGGUGCUAUCUAGAACCUAAAAGGGUUCUUCUGAACCCUUUUUGGUGCCCGGUAGUACCUUUUGGGGUUCCAUGUAGAACUCUUUCCACAGAGGGUUCUACAUGGAACCCAAAAGGGUUCUACAUGGAACCCAAAGAGGUUCUAUCUGGAACCAAAAAGGGUGCUCCUAUGGGGACAGCCGAAUAACCCUUUUGGAACCCUUUUUUCUAAGAGUGUAGUCAUAUUGCAACGAACAGAACUACAAGGUAGGCCCAUAGAGUUACGAUAUUGACAGUAAUCCUGUGUGUGUAUCUGUCUGUGUGUCUCCAGGUUUAACCGUCAGUGUGUGGUGGACAAGGACAAGAGGAACCAGUGUCGGUUUUGCAGACUCCACAAGUGUUUCAGAGCUGGCAUGAAGAAAGAAGGUCGGCCACAUCAAACCAGUACCAUCAGUACUACUGAAUACCAAUAGAAUAUGGCAUUCAUCUCCAUCCAUGUGCAGGCUUUUGUUCCAGCCCAGCACUAGCUCUGUACUCACAAAUUAAACAAAUCAAACAGUCAGUGUGAGGAGGGUAUCAGGGCUGGGAGGCUGGGAGGCUGGGAGGCUGGGAGGCUGGGAGGCUGGGAGGCUGAAACUAGGUCUGCCAUAAACCAAACAUGAUUAUUCGGAGAACACUGUGUUUAUGAGGGAUAUCAGAAAAGAAUUGUGUGUGUGUUUAUGGGCCCUAUAACCUUGGCAGAGAGCUUUAUGACACCCAAUCAUGUGCCUUUUCAGACAUGUUGUUCAGGGAUACUAUUGGUUAACUUUUGACUUCACCUCUCUACACAGCCUGUUCUCCUGCAUAGUUUGGUCUGAACUAGAAGUCAGCUAUUCAAAAUUAUUAUUAUGAUAUUGUAGCAAAUUCCAGGGAUAGGCAAACUGGGACUUGAAUCUAUGUGUUUCUCAGUCCUACACCUUAUAUUCUGGAAAUGGUAACAUGGUAAUGUCAUACUAAUAUCUCUGAUCUGAUGUGUGUGUGUGUGAUGGUGGAUGUGUGUGUGUGAUGGUGUAUGUGUGUGUAUUUCAGCGGUACAGAAUGAGAGAGAUCGUAUCAGCUCCAGAAGAAACAUUCAGGACAAUCAGGAUCUCCCACCUAUCACUCUUCUGGCCCAGGCAGAGUCACUGUCUCAACAGGUAACACACACACACACACACACACACACACACACACACACACACACACACACACACACACACACACACACACACACACACACACACACACACACACACACACACACACACACACACGUGCACACACACGUGCACACACAUGUACACACACAUCAUCAUCAUCAGUGUUUCCAAUCAUCUGCAUGACUACUCAUUCUCUCUCCCCACUCUAGAUCAGUGUGUCCAGUCCCAGUGGUGCAGUAGAUGCAUCGGAACAGAAGUCGGCUGGUGUGGGUGAUGUCUGUGACUCCAUGAGACAACAGCUGUUAGUGCUGGUGGAAUGGGCCAAAUACAUCCCUGCCUUCGGUGAGCUGCCCCUGGACGACCAGGUAACAACCUGACUUGUCUGGACCUAUAUGACCACCUAGUAGUGACUGGAACUGAAACAAAACAGUGGUUACCAAAGUUUUGCCAUGACUCAACUAAAGCCUUUUGAAUGUGCGUGUGACCUUCCAGAAACACAAAGUAAUGUUUCUAGCUUUAGUCCGUAGCUAAUGGUUUAGAGUCAAAUGAGUCUCGAGCUGAGAUAUGUUUGUAGCCUGUGUUUGGUCACUCAUGUCAUUGUUUCUCACCCUGUGUGUGUCUGUGUGUGUGUAUCGUGUGUCUGUGUGUGUGUAUCGUGUGUCUGUGUGUGUGUAUCGUGUGUCUGUGUGUGUGUGUGUGUGUGUGUGUGUAUCGUGUGUCUGUGUGUGUGUUUUGUGUGUCUGUUUGUGUGUGUGUGUGUGUUUGUCAAGGUGAGUCUGCUCAGGGCUCACGCAGGGGAACACCUUCUACUAGGGGUCGCCAAGAGGUCAAUGCCUUAUAAGGACUUCCUGCUUCUUGGUAAGAACUGACCAAUCACCUCUCACCUUUAUCCCUCAGUAACACCCAAUCAGAACCUGCCAUACUGCCAUGCUAAGCUUGAUUUAAAGCUGACAUAUCAAGGUUAACAGGUCGGUUACCCUGUAAGACUGUUAUACAACCAGAUAAUCAUUGACUCAAGUCUUUGGAGGCCUCUGACUUAAACACGUUUUAUCAGAAAGAAAGACAUGGAAGACACUUUUCUUGGAUCGCACCUACAGAUGAUUUGUAGAUGGUAAAACUAUCAAAAUAAUGAAUAAGUAAAUGGUGAUUGUAAGUGACAUGCUUCAAGUACAUUCACCAACAUACACACAGACACAGGUACUAACACAUACAUACACACACGCACACAUACAUCCCCCGCAACACGUGGAGAAACACACACUCAACCCCCCUACCCCUCUCCCAAAACACACAUUUACCUUCACCUCCCCCUGCUCCCUCUCUAGGUAAUGGGUGUGUGAUCCAUGGUAGCAGUGCAGAGCCGGAGAUCAGUCGUGUAGCUAACCGUGUUCUAGAUGAGCUGGUCCUGCCCUUCCAGGAGAUCCAGAUAGAUGACAAUGAGUAUGCUGCUCUCAAGGCCAUUGUCUUCUUUGACCCUGGUAAGCACGUUAACAACCACGAUUCAGGCAGCCUUCCACUUUUACACACCCAUAUACCACACAAUAGCUUCUGUAUUCAACAAAACAAAGUUGAUUUGAAUGGUUUUGUUAAUCAUUGACAUGUGACUGUUCUCUGUUCCCUCCGUUUCAGCAGACGGCAAAAGCCUGCACGCAUUCAUUUCAUAUCAUUCACGCAUCCUUUCUCUCCCUCCAUCCCUUCAUCUUUCCAUCCCUCCUUCUCUCCAGAUGCCAAGUCUCUGCGUGACCCGUCUAAGAUCAAGGCGAUGCGUCUACAGGUCCAGAUGAGUCUAGAGGACUAUAUUAAUGACCGUCAGUAUGACUCCAGAGGGAGGUUUGGAGAGCUGCUGCUACUGCUGCCUACUCUACAGUCCAUCACCUGGCAGAUGAUAGAACAACUGCAGUUUGUUAAACUCUGUGGUCUGGCCAAGAUAGACAACCUUCUGCACGAGAUGCUGCUGGGAGGUGAGUCUGUGUAUGAUAACAUAACAUCAAUAAUAUUAAUAAGCAAUAUAGAUGUUAUGACGCUACUUGGAGGUGGGUAGUAGAGUGUACAUUAACGGUUUUCCUGUGUCCUGAUUGGCUGGUUUGUCUUUUAAUCUCCAGGUCUGGCGUCAGAGCCCACCCAACUGCACCACCCAGGCCACACCCAGUUAGCCCAGGACCCUCUGACUGGACACACACUGGUCAUCAGCACUAUGCCCGCUACACACACUACUCAGAUAGGUAAGAUACACACACGUACACACACACAAGCAUGCAUGCAGUUGUAGGUAAGAUUCAUGAGCAUUCACAGGCAAGCAUUCAUUAUAUUCCACCAUGACUGCUCCAUAUUACUCUUUCUGUCCCUCUGGUGUGAGGCUCAUCUCUCUCUCUCUCUGACUCCCCCCUCUCUCGCUCCCUUCUCCCCCCUCUCUCCCUCCCUUCUCCCCCCUCUCCCUCCCUUCUCUCUCUCUCUCUGCAGAGUCUCCAGACACUCCUAUCCCGUCUCCUCCUCAGGUUGCAGAGAUGUACAAGUCCUCUCCUAGCCCCUCCCUCCUCCUGGCUCCACCCCUCCCACACAGACUUACCGCCGAAUCAUCCCUCUGAGUGUACAGCACCCGCCCCCACCACCGAAUAACAAAACAAAUAAAACAUACUGUUUGUCCUCCAUGAAUGCAGCCAAAAGAGCAGAAAGCCUUUUCUAUGGGCCAAAUCCGAAUUUGAGAUCUACAUGUGUAACUUGUAAAUAAAAAAACUUAAGUUUGGACCUCAAGUUUGCAUUCUGCCCUAUGUUUGUAAAUAUGUAAAAUGUUCAAUGUUUCCUCCCAUAUUCAGUUCCAUAGGUUUUUACUCCAGUUCAGUAGUCUUGAAGUUGAAUAAUCUGUGUAAAUUGUAGCAUCUUUAUAAAUCAUUAGAAUAUUCCUAAACUCAGAGCCUCUCUUAUCGUGGUGUAAAUGUGAGUGUAUUUGAGCUUUCCCUAGGCUCAUCAUUGAAUAUGGAGCAAGAGAUUUGCUAAUCAUCAUGUAUGUUAUAUACAGUAUGUGUUACUCAAAGUGCACUUAUUAGUAGUGGACUGUGUCCGGAACACAUUAUUGUCUGUUAAUAUUAAUGCUCACGUGUUGCCAUGUUGCUUGUGGUGUGGUGCUUUACAAAUACACAAACUGGAGUAUACUGUAUUCGUCAAUAAUAUAAUUUACCGUACAUUUAGUUCCUAAUCAACUUUUCGGUGGCUUUCAGUAUUUUGAGAUUACUGUUAUAAUAUGAAAUUAUAUGAAAAUUGGAAAAUCUGAUGGAAAUUAAAUUGUUUGUAUGUGAAAACAAUUAUAUUGACCUUCUAAACUGUCAAAUAGUGUAUACAAAUUAGAUAAUGUAAGCUAUAUUUUGUAACUGUAUAUUGUGAUAAAAACAGAACACUAUUUUUUUAUGAAUUGUAGCCUAAGCUACAUGUUGCAUUUGUACGCUCUUGCAUGAACAUGGACAUAGUUAUGAUAAAAUGCACACACGGCCUAAUCUGUUGCCCAACAAAAGGGAAAAAUAAGGGGGGAAAGGGUACUGGCACCCCCAUGUGGUUGAAAUAGAAAUAACAAUUCAGAAUCAGAAUCACCUUUAUUUGCCAAGUGUUCACACCAGAGGAGGCAGGUUUGUACGUGUGUUGUUAAUU